AUGCUUGUACAAGAUACUUUAAAUAUUACCGAUUCUAAUAUCAUUUGCGAAUAUGAGCCAAUUCAAGAAGAAGCCAAGGUCAAUAUUGAGGCUUCGUAUAUUACAUCUCUAAUUUUAUCCUUAAUAAUUAUCGUAAUAAAUGCAUUUUUUCUGUUGUCAUAUCUAGCGCAUCGUUCACUAAGGCACAGAAUUAACUUUUUAUACAUUAUCCUGUCCAUGUCAGACUUUCUCUUUGGUUUGUUUUCGGUAUCAGUAAUAUGCAUAAUAUUAAACAAAUCAUUUAACGAACAAUGUGGUAUGCGAGAUAUUUUGAUUACUGGUGGGUUUGCGUUUUGCAAUAUAGCUUUAGCAUCAAUAACAGCAAUAUCUGUGGAAAUCUACCUUGCGAUUGUGAAACCUUUUUCACACGCAACAAGAAGAGAGAAAAAUACCGUCGCAAAAGUGCUGGUUGGUAUGUGGAUUCCUUGCAUUGCUCUUCCUAUAAUUUCAAGAUAUCACAAAUCUCAACUUUGGGGUAUUUAUUUUAUUAGCAUUGGAGUGCUUAUAAUAAUCCUACAGUGUUUUAUCAUCUUGGUUCAAACCGCAAUUUAUAUCUCUGUAAAUCGGGCCCGCAACGCUCGAAGUAAAGACAAAUACGCUGCAGUGACCAGCGCAAUAUUUAUUUGCACGUAUUUUAUCAGUUUUUUACCGCUUUCAGUCGUUGGAAUAUAUUCUAAACUUUCUUCACAUGGACUAUUUAUGGAAAGUUACGUCAUUCCAUGGGUGUAUCUCCUGGCAACAAUUAAUUGUGUAGCAGAUCCAAUUGUAUCUAUAAUGAGAACACCUAAAUGGAGGGAGACCAUAUUUAAGCAUGUUACGGAAACAAGCACCUCUGCGUAG